GCGGCAAGUACGUGCCCCGCGCCAUCCUGGUGGACCUGGAGCCGGGCACCAUGGACUCGGUGCGCUCCGGACCCUUUGGGCAGAUCUUCAGACCCGAUAACUUUGUGUUUGGUCAAAGCGGGGCCGGUAACAACUGGGCUAAAGGCCAUUACACAGAAGGGGCCGAGCUGGUAGAUUCGGUUCUGGACGUGGUCCGAAAAGAAGCCGAGAGCUGCGAUUGCCUUCAAGGUUUUCAAUUAACCCAUUCAUUGGGUGGUGGCACCGGUUCCGGAAUGGGCACCCUCCUGAUAGCUAAAAUCCGGGAGGAGUACCCCGACCGAAUCAUGAACACGUUCAGCGUCGUGCCCUCCCCGAAGGUAUCAGACACCGUGGUGGAGCCCUACAACGCCACGCUUUCGGUGCACCAGCUGGUGGAGAACACAGAUGAAACCUACUGCAUCGACAACGAGGCCCUGUACGACAUCUGCUUCCGCACCCUGAAGCUCACCACUCCCACGUACGGGGACCUCAACCACCUGGUGUCGGCCACCAUGAGCGGUGUCACCACCUGCCUGCGUUUCCCAGGCCAGCUGAACGCCGACCUGCGGAAGCUGGCGGUGAAUAUGGUUCCCUUCCCACGCCUGCACUUCUUCAUGCCAGGUUUUGCCCCGUUGACAGCCCGAGGCAGCCAGCAAUACCGAGCCCUGACCGUCCCCGAGCUCACCCAGCAGAUGUUCGAUGCCAAGAACAUGAUGGCUGCCUGCGACCCGCGCCACGGCCGCUACCUCACGGUGGCUGCCGUCUUCCGUGGCCGCAUGUCCAUGAAGGAGGUGGAUGAGCAGAUGCUGAACGUGCAGAACAAGAACAGCAGCUACUUUGUGGAGUGGAUCCCCAACAACGUGAAGGUGGCCGUGUGUGACAUCCCGCCACGUGGCCUCAAGAUGUCCGCCACCUUCAUAGGGAACAGCACGGCCAUCCAGGAGCUGUUCAAAAGGAUCUCGGAGCAGUUCACGGCCAUGUUCCGGAGAAAGGCCUUCCUCCAUUGGUACACGGGGGAAGGAAUGGAUGAGAUGGAAUUUACAGAGGCCGAGAGCAACAUGAACGACCUGGUGUCAGAGUACCAGCAAUACCAGGACGCCACGGCCGAGGAGGAGGAGGAUUUCGGGGAGGAGGCCGAAGAAGAGGCCUAAAAAAAUGGAGCCGGCCUUCGUCCUGCCAACGCCAGCGUCGUCCUCGGAGAGCCCUCGUCCUUCCACGUCGUCCUCGGAGAGCAUUCGUCCUGCAAACAUGGCCGCCGUCGGCCAUCUUGAUCAUCAACGCUGUCAAUAUGGCCGCCAUCGGUCAUCGUUACCAUGGAGAUGCCAGCCAUCUUGAUCAUCAACACUGUCAAUGGGGGGAUGGCGGCCAUCUUGGUCAUCAACACUGUCAACAUGGAGAUGUCGGCCAUCGUUACCAUAAAGAUGUCGGCCAUCUUGAUCAUCAACUCUGUCAGCAUGGAGAUGUUGGCCAUCUUGAUCCUCAACGCUGCCAAUAUGGCCGCCGUCGGCCAUCUUCAUCAUCAACGCUGUCAAUAUGGCCGCUGUCGGCCAUCUUGAUCAUCAACGCUGUCAAUAUGGCCGCCGUCGGCCAUCUUGAUCAUCAACGCUGUCAAUAUGGCCGCCGUCGGCCAUCUUGAUCCUCAACACUGUCAAUAUGGCCGCCGUCGGCCAUCUUGGAUCAUCAACGCUGUCAACAUGGAGAUGGUGGCCAUCAUCACCAUGAAGGUGUCAGCCAUCUUAAUCCUCAACACUGUCAACAUGGAGAUGUCGGCCAUCUUCAUCCUCAAUCCUGUCAACAUGGAGAUGUCGGCCAUCUUGAUCAUCAUCACUGUCAAUGGGGGGAUGGCGGCCAUCUUGAUCAUCAACGCUGUCAAUAUGGAGAUGUCGGCCAUCUUGAUCAUCAACACUGUCAAUAUGGCCGCUGUCGGCCAUUGUUACCAUGGAGAUGUCGGCCAUCUUGAUCAUCAUCACUGUCAACAUGAAGAUGUCGGCCAUCUUGAUCCUCAAUCCUGUCAACAUGAAGAUGGCGGCCAUCAUCAUCCUUUGAUGUCGCCAUGAAGACGUUGGCCAUCGCCGUGUCCCCUUGAGGAGCUCAUGGCCGCCAUCUUUGUCCUUCGGCUGCGUCCCCAUGAAGAUGUCGGCCAUCGUCCUUGGCUGUUGUCACCACGAAGACGUCGGCCAUCAUGUUCCAUCAUGGCUGCCAUCCCCAUCAUGGUCAGUGUCCCUGUCAUGUCCAAUGACCCCAUCAUGGCCGCCAUGUCCAUGGCCGCCAUGUCCCAUCAUGGCUGCCAUCUUCAUCAUGGCUGCCAUCCCCAUCAUAGUCAAUGACCCCAUCAUGGCCGCCAUGUUUAUCAUGGCUGCCAUGUUCCAUCAUGGCCGCCAUGUUUCAUCAUGGCCGCCAUCCCCAUCAUAGUCAAUGACCCCAUCAUGGCCGCCAUGUUUAUCAUGGCCACCAUCCAACAUGGCCGCCAUCCCCAUCAUAGUCAAUGACCCUAUCAUGGCCACCAUGUCCAUCAUGGCCGCCAUCCAUCAUGGCUGCCAUCCCCAUCAAGUCUAAUGCCCCAUAAUGGCCGCCAUCUU